AUGGCCAAGCGCCUUUUCACUUCAUUACCUCUCCACCACUGCCCUCCCGCUGCGCCUCGGACUGGGGUUGCGUCGAUGGAGGUUCUUUCAUUCCGGGCCACGGCCCGUCACAAGGCCAGCCUCCGGCAUUUUUCGUCCAAAUCAUGGAGACAAUACAACAAGGACAAUAAUCCCGAAAACAACAAAGGAGGCUUUGGCUCACGGUUAGGCUUCGCUCUCCGCAAUACCAAGGUCGAAUGGUAUCCCAUCCCUGUCGGACUCGGAAUCGGUCUACUAGGAUUGCUGUCUUUUUACAAGUCGCAGCGCGCAGAACGGGAACGGGAACGUCGUGAGGCGGCUGGCGAUGAAUGGGAAAAUGGAAAACGGCCUCCGCGUCGGCCGAGAGUCAGCCUGUCGGGGCCAUGGCAUGUACAGAUCAUGUCCACGCUGCCCCUGAAGGCUAUGUCGCGUUUGUGGGGUCAAUUCAACGAAAUCGAACUUCCGUACUACCUCCGUGUCCCUGGGUUCAAGCUCUACUCCUGGGCCUUUGGCGUCAACCUCGAUGAGGUUGCUGAGCCCGACUUGCAUACGUAUCCGAACCUGGCAGCAUUCUUCUACCGCAAACUGAAACCUGGGGUUCGUCCAUUGGAUCCCGACCCACGCGCUCUUCUCGCACCCUCCGACGGCCGGAUCUUACAAUUUGGCAUGAUCGAGCGGGGCGAGGUUGAACAAGUGAAAGGAAUGACAUACAGCUUGGAUGCUCUACUAGGAUCAGCCACUCCUGCGCACGCUGACCACACCAAUCGUCUUACCGACAUGAAAACAGAAGACCAUAAGGAUGCCGAGCAUAUGGCCGCGCAUGAGGAGUUCGCACGCAUGAACGGGAUUUCUUACACCCUUCCUAGCCUGCUGUCUGGCGAGAACGACGCUCCUAAACGGCAUAGUUCUAUGGAUGCUUCAACUGCAUCCAAGGCAACUUCCGAAAUCCAGGUUCAAGAGGAAUUGGCACGUGGCGAUGGCUCUCCCUGGUACGCACCCAAAAAAGCAGCGAACCACGCCUUAUUUUACGUUGUGAUCUACCUAGCGCCUGGCGACUACCAUCGGUUCCAUUCCCCCGCUGCCUGGGUGGUCGAGAGCCGCCGCCACUUUGCAGGCGAGUUAUACUCGGUUUCGCCGUACUUGCAGAGGCAUCUGCCUGGUCUAUUCACUCUCAACGAGCGAGUUGCACUUCUCGGUCGGUGGCGGUGGGGUUUCUUCAGUUACACACCGGUCGGAGCUACCAACGUAGGCUCAAUCAAAAUCAACUUUGACUCAGAGCUGCGCACCAACAGCCUGUUGACUGAUACCGCUGCGGACUUGGCUGCGGCCUUGGCUGCCAAGCGCGGUGAACAGUAUCCCGGCUUUGUCGAAGCGACUUACCGUCAUGCUAGCCGGACCCUUAACGGACAUCCCCUACAGCGUGGAGAGGAGAUGGGUGGCUUCCAGCUUGGCAGCUCAAUCGUACUUGUGUUUGAGGCUCCAUUGGGAACUCGCAAGUCUGUUGAUGCCGGCUGGCCAGAUGAUAGCCCGAGCGAUGGUUGGACCUGGAGUAUUGAGAAGGGCCAGCGCAUCAAGAUUGGUGAAAAAUUGGGGUUUGUGAAUGAGGAACGAAGCGCCUAA